GAUAGUCCAAAAUGCUCUUGGGCAUUCGAUCAAUAUCAAACCAUUCUUCGAGUACUCUAUAGAAGACUCGGGUGUGUUCUCUACAAGAAUAAAGAUAGUCAUACGACCAAAUGGUUACAUAAUCCAUUCAACUAACUAACUAACUUAACUAUUCACCUCCGGGUGGGCUCUCCUUCUCCACUCCCGACUGACUUCACCCUCCCCUGCCAUCGCCCCCUAUAUUUCCGCGUCUUUUGGCAUUCGCGUGCAUUUUACCACCUGUGUGUUGGUUUGUGUUGACCAGCGGUGCUGCUCAUUUCCCUCGAUGAGUGGCCCCCCGUUCCUUAGCCGCCAACCGAGGGAUUGGUACCUAAAGAUCUGGGUGUGUCAGCGUUGUCAUACAACGGAUAUCUAGGCAUCCUCAGUCGUGCCACUCGAGCUUCUAUUAUUCUCCGGUCCAUUCUCCUUUUUGUCUAUUCAUCUAUUCCGUGCCUAUACUUCCGGCUUGUCUGCCCAAUAUGCGACCACCACGUCUUCUCCUGAUACUCUUCUGCCUAAUCUUCUUCCCGAUCUUCCUCACCCUCUUUUCCGCGCUUUCCUCGCCUACUGUUGCGACCUCUCAUACGCUCGCUGGUCGGACGUCCGGGUUGCAUGCCCUAUUCUCAUUCAACAUUCCAUCGUCGCUCUUUCCUCCGUCGGCGAUUAUCAGCCUCACUGAUGACAACUCGACCUUUUUCCUGGCCCGCCCUGCGGCAUUUGGCCCGCUCCUACCCGGCAAAGGCCUAAGCGGCCAACUAUGGGUUGGAAGUGGCUUUGGUGAAGGUGGCUUGACUGCUGGGGUAGAAGGGGAGUUGGGAUGCUCUGAUAUUCCCGGCUGGGACGAAGGCAACGGUGCCAAGAACCCAGACUCGGCUGCCAGGGGCAGCGAGCAUAAACCUGGGAAAUCCGGAACAGGUGUCAUGAGCGAUCCGCCAUCUUCACAGAACCGCGCCCGCCCGCCAGCUCAGGCUGAAGCCGCCAGACAGAACGAUCGAGGCGACGUUGCGGCUCCUUCCUCGUUGAACGAUGGGACCGACGAUCAUUUACAGGCGGAUGGUGUUUCGGAUGCAGGGACAACUCAGGAGUACGGAGACUACGUCCAAGUCAAGAAGUCUACGCACGCCGAUAUCCAGUCAUUACAGGAGACUGCCGAGAUUCAGGGCAAUGUUGUGUUGCUCAGCCGUGGUGGCUGUGGCUUCCUUGAGAAGGUCAAGUGGGCCCAACGUCGCGGAGCGAUUGCAGUGAUUGUUGGUGAUGAUACUCGAGGCGGUAAUUUGGUUACCAUGUAUGCUCGGGGCGAUACUUCGAAUGUUACCAUCCCAGCCCUGUUUACUUCCUACACCACUGCGCAUCUUUUAUCGUCGCUGAUUCCCGCGCAUUCGGGUGGAACUACCGGCCUCGGCGAAGCAUUGAAAUCGUUACAUGCCAAAAUUGCCGGUCAAGCCAAUGCGGAUACCCAAAAUUCAGCAACAGCCACAACUACCAAGGCCACGGCUGUUCCCUCGUCGACUUCCACAACCGUUUCCAAGGACGAAGCUGCCGUUGUUUCGCAUUCAAAUAGCGGAUUCUUCCGCACUAUUGGCGCGUUCUUUGGCCUCUGCAGCAAAACCGGAGGCUCGGGGCAUCAAGAGGACAGCCGCCGCCCACCCAGCAGUGGCAACAUCGAUUGGCUCACGCCAGGUUCGUGGGAUAAGUCUGAACCUUUGUCAGGCUCCUCAAAAAGUUCAACGAAUUCGAAGUCUCGCAGCCGCGGCAAAGUUGAUGAUAACACCAAUUACAAGAAACUUGAACUGUCACCUGAGGACGAUAUUACUAGCGACGAUUUCGUUAUCGGGGUCCAGGACUGGAGAGAUCCCGAUUUGAUGUUGCCCAAGAGCAGCACGCUACCCACACCUAGCACUUCGGUGAAUGGCAAAGAUAGUGCCAAGACAUCUGCGCCGGACGCAGACACAGCGUCGCCGUCCAGUCUGCUUCGUGGUGGCAGCAUAACUCCGGGAAGUGGUGAAUAUCAGAGUAUUGACAAGUCCACUGGUAAUGUUGGUGACGUGGGCGCGAAGAAUACUGAGAAGGACUUCAAUACUGAAGACGCAGGAUCGGGUUCCUCCAGCAAGGGCUGGUUCUCAAGCCAUUUCGGAUGGGGAGCUGAAUUGAAGCAGCCUGCUCAGCCUUCUUUAGCCGCGACUCAGAGCGCCGCAACAAUGAACGAAAAGAGCCAAAAUCCGGUCUCUUCGUCAAGUGUCCCAACCAUCAUGUUCUCAGAGCAUGAGGGUCUUUGGGUUACGCUGACCCCCACCAGCAUGUCGACGAGCCCCUUCUUCGACACCCUUUUGGUUUUAGUCAUAAGUCCACUUUUGACAUUGACCGUGGUCUAUGCAUUGCUGUUGCUUCGAUCUCGCAUUCGACGUCGCCGGUGGCGCGCACCCAAGUCGGUCGUUGAGCGUUUGCCUGUCCGAACUUACCACACAAUUGCCCACACAUCUUCAUCAUCAUCGAGCUCCAGCUCUCCACGGCCAUCCAGCCCCGGAGCUGUUUCGCCAACAUCCCCGCUUCUCGGUCACGAAAGUCGCCCCACUCACUCCCGGCUGACCCGAUCUCGCUCUCAAACUGUUGCUGGUGUGUUGACGGAAUCCUCUUCGUUGCCCAGGGAAGAGAAACCGGCAAGUGUGCAGUCGGGCUCAAUAUUGUGGAGACGCAAAUACACCGGGAGACAAGUUGAAUGCGUUGUCUGUCUCGAGGAAUACGUGGAUGGACAAAGCCGGGUUAUGAGUUUGCCGUGUGGUCACGAAUUCCAUGCGGAGUGCAUUACACCAUGGCUUACCACCCGACGACGGACCUGUCCGAUCUGCAAGGGUGACGUCGUUCGCUCGAUGCCUCCUUCUCAUCCUGGCGAUAACCAUAAUGACAACGAGUCUUCCGCCGAGGACGCAGACCACCGAUCUGAUCCAACCGCUGCACCCGUUCUCAUUGCCGGUGUCGACGAAGAUGAUAUCUCUGAUGACGAACAGAACGUGGGUCUUCUUUCUGGUCACUCGAGUUCCGCUCCACAGUCCAGUUGGCAAAACCUUGCCUCGCUCAGCUUCUCUGCCCUCAGCGGCGACACAAUCUGGCAUCAAGCCCGUGCGGACCGGAACCGCUAACAACACUCUCAUUUUUCUUCUAUUUAUCCUUCCCACUCCCAUUUGUUUUUCUUGCCCAGCCGACAACCGGGCAUCGCUUUGAUUCUCUGGCGCAUGCUGUAUUAGCGAUCGUUUUGAUUCCCUUAUGAUUUGAACUUGCGGGGCGUUUUAGUGUGUACAUCUCGGAGUGCUGGACGGUUGCCAAGCACUUGCGAGCAUCGUUGAAGCGGCUGGGUCAUACCGCGGGUCUAUCGUUAAAAUCCAUUUCCUUUGGUUACUAGAGAGCCUUUGAAUUGAUACCAUUGCUUUGUUACUAGUUUUUUUCUUGAUUUUUGCUACCUCCGGCUAAGUGUACGUCGCCAUGAUGACAGCCUAGAUAAUUCAACUCGUUUUCUUGGCCCUUGUUUGCCAGCAAUCUACUUUCUGAAUAGGAGAUACGGAAUUCUGACGCUCAGUCAUGCCGUGUAACGUACUGAGUUGUCAUCCCAACAAC